GCCACCAGUAUGGCUACUCCAGUGAGUCGCAGUAACUGACAACAGCUGAGCAGUAGCAAGCGCUAGAGCUCACAUAUCUUAACGUAGUGGUGAUGAAAAAAUGAUUAAAUUAAUAUAAAUAAAAGUCUCAAUCAAACAGUGAAAUGAUUAAAGACAUGGCAGAUGAUGAAGCUACUCAAGCAACAAAUGAUGACGCAAGUGAAUGUAAAAGACACGCGGUUCAACUUGGAUACUGGAGUGAUCCUUACAUAAACUUUUUUGUCAGACAAACAGCCCGAAAACCUCCGGAAAUAAAUCGUGGAUAUUACGCAAGAGUUAAAGGCAUUGAAAAUUUUAUAAAUAAAUUCCUCAAAAUAUCUGGUGGAAAAGGUCAAAUCAUAAACUUGGGUGCAGGAUUUGAUACACUUUAUUGGCGGCUAAAGGAUGCUGGAAUGUGCCCACAAAAUUUUAUAGAGUUGGAUUUUCCUAGUGUAACAGCAAAAAAAUGUUACCAUAUAAAAAAGCACAAACAAAUGAUAGACAGCCUUAAUACAGAAGAUGGAGAAAUUAGAUUUUCAACUACUGAUCUUCACGCAGCUAAUUACCAUUUAAUUGGAACGGAUUUAAGACACAUAUCAGAACUAUCAAAUAAAUUAACUCAAGCUGAAGUUGACUUCAAUAUUCCUACGUUAUUUUUGGCUGAGUGUGUCCUCGUUUACAUUGAUAAUAAUGCGGCGUCUGUUCUUGUUAAAUGGCUCGCUCAAAAAUUUUCAAAUAGUAUUUUUGUAAACUAUGAGCAAGUGAAUAUGAGAGAUAAAUUUGGACAAGUUAUGCUGUCUAAUUUACGUUGUCGAGGCUGUUUAUUAGCUGGUGUUGAAGACUGUGAAUCUUUAGAAACUCAACAAAGACGUUUCACAUCAAAUGGCUGGGAAGGCUCAAACGCUUGGACAAUGGUUGAAGUGUACGAUUCAUUGCCGGAAUCUGAAAGGAUGAGGAUUGAACGAAUUGAAAUGCUGGAUGAAAGGGAAUUAUUAAUACAAUUACUACAACAUUAUUGUAUUGCUAUUGCUUGGAAUGGAACGAUGUUUAAAAAUUUAUCAAUAGCGCAAGGCUAAAGAAUUACAAAUGUCUGAAAAGUAUCCAUGGUUACUCCAGGUAAUGAUAAAUGUCGAUAAAGUGAUGAUAAUUGGCUAAAAGCAGGUUGGUAAAAGUAUUCUUUCGUUUUGCGCUCGAAUUGUGAUAACAGUGGGUUCUGUCCUCGUGGAAAUUCAAUUAUUUAGACUGAUAUUGAGCUCAUAGUUAAAAAUAUAAUAUAUGAAAUAUUUUGAUUGGAUAAUCAACCAAAUGAAACCCCAUUGCUACAACAAUUUUAGCACGUGAAGUAACAAGAAAUUACUUAGUUUCUAUAUAAAGUUAAAUGAUUCUUUAUACUUCUUAUACCUCUCCAUUUUUUUCUGUGAUGAAUAGAUAUUUGAAGAAUUCAUAUAAUAUUACAAUUUAUAAAAUUUUAUAAUUAUUAUUAUUUUUAGCUUAAAAAAUCUACUAUUACUAAUAAUAGUUUUACUUG